AUGCCCCGGGUAGACGCAGACCUCAAACUGGACUUUAAAGAUGUACUGCUCAGACCUAAAAGAAGCAGCCUCAAAAGCAGAUCCGAGGUCGACCUCACGCGCACCUUCACCUUCCGCAACUCCAAGCAGACAUACACGGGAAUUCCCAUAAUAGUGGCAAACAUGGACACUGUGGGGACGUUUGAAAUGGCUGUGGUUAUGGCAAAACAUGCAAUGUUCACUGCAAUUCACAAGCAUUAUUCUCUGGAAGAAUGGAAACUGUUUGCUGCCAAUCACCCAGAAUGCCUUGAGCAUGUAGCAGCAAGCUCAGGUAGUGGAAAAGCUGAUUUGGACAAGUUAACAAGUAUUCUAGAGGCCAUUCCACCGAUCAGAUACAUCUGCCUGGAUGUGGCAAACGGCUAUUCAGAGCACUUCGUGGAGUUUGUGAAGUCUGUCCGUGCCCUGUUCCCACAUCACACCAUUAUGGCAGGCAAUGUGGUGACAGGAGAGAUGGUAGAAGAACUUAUUCUUUCUGGAGCAGAUAUCAUUAAAGUGGGUAUCGGACCAGGUUCUGUGUGUACCACUCGGAUUAAGACAGGGGUGGGCUAUCCACAGCUAAGUGCUGUUAUUGAGUGUGCAGACUCAGCACAUGGCUUGAAAGGACAUAUCAUCUCUGACGGAGGAUGCAGCUGCCCAGGAGAUGUCGCCAAAGCUUUUGGAGCCGGUGCUGAUUUUGUCAUGCUUGGAGGAAUGUUUGCAGGCCAUGACCAGUGUGCUGGAGAGAUUAUGGAAAAGAAUGGCAAAAAGGUGAAACUCUUCUAUGGAAUGAGCUCCGAUACAGCCAUGAAGAAGCAUGCAGGAGGGGUUGCUGAAUACAGGGCUUCAGAGGGCCGAACUGUGGAGGUACCAUACAGAGGGGAUGUGGAACUCACCAUCCUGGACAUCCUCGGGGGGCUGCGCUCCACCUGCACCUACGUGGGAGCUGCCAAACUCAAGGAACUGAGCAGGCGGACAACGUUUAUCCGGGUGACCCAGCAGCACAGCCAGGUCUUCUCUUAGCUCAGGACUGGGGGACUGGAGAGGGAGGGGUGGGGGAGAGGAGCAGGACGGGCUGCUGUUUUGGUUUGCUUUCUCCUCCACAUUGUGUUAGUGGCAAACUCUCCUUUCUCAGAAUGGCAGUGUCAUAGCCGUUGGAGAGGCUAUGGCUGACAUUUGGAAGGGGAAGGUUGUGCUAUUAACACAGUGCCAUUGGUUCAAAAUGCAAUAGCCUCAUCUUUUAUUGUUGUGCCUAUUUUUAUUUUUUAAUCGACAUUUCUUCACCUGUUUUUCCCCCCUCUGA